AUGUUUGACUCGCCUCAACAGAGAACGGGAGUUCGAUUAAGCGGGCUCGAUUUUAUGGUUCCUCGAUUAUUCCAACUGCUAUUAGUCGGGAUCUUCAUUAGCCGAUGUAUCAGGGAUGUGCGAGCUGUGCCGGAAUUGCCGCGGAGUUCGUUAAUUAAUUCGUUAGCGGGGUUCGUUAAGGGAAUGAACUCGGUUUUAAUCGCGCGCCAGGUGGUUGGCGAGGAAAUCGCACGGCGGAAUAGGAACUUGACGAGUGCAAGUGUGAGCACUUGCGCGAGUAAUUAUCGAGCGACGCAUACAGAGCGUGCCCGGUCUCUGGAGGAUUAA